GUAAAUCAAAAGUUCUCUUAUUGAUUGUCUUGUCACUAAGCAUCGCGGUCACUUUAGCUGUGCUCGUUCUUUUAUUUGUGUUGCUGAAAUGCCGCAAAAAAGACACAAAGCUACUUAGUAUUCUUGAUAUGUCGCCACAAGAAACAUGGAGAAGAAUUUCUUACUAUGAACUUGUGAGAGCAACAGAUGGAUUUGAUGAGCACAACCUACUCGGCAAGGGGAGUUUUGGUUCAGUUUACAAAGGAAGACUUGGUGACGGCAUGGAGCUUGCAGUAAAAGUAUUCCACCUGCAAUUUGAAGAAGCUUUUACUAGUUUUGAAGUUGAAUGUGAAGUAAUGAGUCGUAUUCGUCAUCGAAAUCUUGUCAAAAUCAUCACUUGUUGUUCUAGCCAUGAUUUUAAAGCACUAGUAUUGGAGUAUAUGCCCAAUGGGAGCCUAGAGAAAUGUUUGUAUUCUAACGACAAUGUUUUGGAUAUCUCACAGAGGUUGACCAUAAUGAUCGAUAUUGCAUUAGCUUUAGAAUAUCUCCAUUUUGGUUAUUCAACCCCCAUUAUUCAUUGUGACUUGAAGCCAAGCAACGUCUUGCUGGAUGAAAAUAUGGUUGCACAUUUGAGUGAUUUUGGCAUCACUAAGCUCUUAGGUGAAGAAGAGUCUAUGACGCAAACACAGACCCUUGCCACCAUUGGUUAUAUGGCGCCAGAACAUGGAAGAGAAGGAAAAGUAUCCAGAAAAGGAGAUGUGUACAGCUAUGGUAUCAUGCUAAUGGAAACAUUUACAAGGAAGAAACCAACAGAUGAAAUAUUUACUGAAGAAAUGAGCUUGAGGAGCUGGGUUGGUGAAUCAUUAUGCAGCACAGUGAUGCAAGUCUUGGACACAAAUUUGCUAAGAAGGGAUGAUGAACAUUUCUCUAGCAAGGAGGAACUUGUGUCAUCUAUCUUGAGUUUGGCUAUCGAAUGUACAAGAGAAUCACCUACGGAAAGGAUGGGCAUAAAAGAAGUAGCAACAAGACUCAUCAAUAUUAGAGUCGAAUUUGCAAAAUUUAAAGUCAAUGAUGCACAAGGCUAUCAAAUUCAGAAUGAGAUGAAUGAGCUUUAAUUUGCUAGCCAACCGCCAUGAAUCGAAGGCCUCAAUGUCAGUGAGGUUAUGUGUGAUAAGCAACAUUCUUGUUCUUCGUCUUCGAUGACAAGUUCAUAAUUUAUGGUCAACUUUGCUCAAGAAGUACUUGUAAUGAUUUUUUUUAUUUUUUAAAAAAAAAAUUGAUAGACCUUAAUAUACUAAAGACAAAGUAUUGGGGGUUUGUAGAAUUUUCCUAUUUCUAAUAAAGAUGAAUUAUAUU